GACAACGGGGGAAGCCGUAGCUUGAUCGAUAUGGAUCUUCUUGCAUCCUUUCAAGAUUAGUUCAUGUUGUUUGCUCAGUAUGUGGAAGCAUAGAAAGCUUAGAGAAUUUUUAAUGUCCUAACUUUCAAUGCCCACACUGUGGCAAGAAACAAGCAAUGCUAAACUUAGAUGAUGAUGGUUACAGCACAAGUGAAUGUGGACCUCAGCACAGCACCCCCAUCAAACCGCAGUGUUUCCAGUACCCGCCGGCUCUGCUGCACGGGUCCUACACGUCCUACUCCAGCAACAAGACCAGCGCCAUGGUGACAGGCAGACAUUCGCGGGUGGACAACUCCAGGAACACCAACCACCAGUCCGACUGCCGUCCGAGCUGUGCCGAGUGUCUCUCUGAUUCUGAUGUGUGCUCAAGCAAGAAGACAGUGCAGCACGCUCAGUGUCUGGAGACCUCACUGGCACACAGUCAAGAAGUUUUACUGGAGAAAAUGAAAUCUACCCCAGGCUCACGUUUCUUUCUGGAUUCCUGCCCUACUGACAAGGAAGUUUCAGUCAGUGAUAAGAAGAGUAACCCCAGGUACAUCACACCCAAGAGUAAGACGAGCCAUGGGGGGGACGGGGGACAAGACAGCGUGUACGUCCAUAACGAGGCGGGAUCCUGGAGUCCUGGGUCCACAGCCAUAUUCCUGGAGCAAGACAUCAUCAACAAACAGCGCCAUGAGAUCCAGAUCCUGAUGGAAGAGCUGGGCACCAGAGACCAGGAGCUCAACGACCUGGUGGCCUCACACCAGCGCCAGGUACAGGCAUGGGAGGUGGAGCGCGACAAGUUCCAGAUGCUACAGUCACGGCUCAACAGUUAUCAAGAUGAAUUAAUCAGCAAUGACCAGCAGCUGAAAGAAACAUUGGCGGAAAUGUCCCGAGUCAACGAGCAGAGGGAGGCGGACGCCAAAGAAUUUAAAAGGACUCAGAAUGAAAUGGAGAAACUGGCUGAGAGAAUCAAGGAGAACUCCCAUUACAUCAAGGAGAUGGAGUUCCAGAAUAAAUCACUGAAUGCUACUAUCAAAGAUUUGAUGGCAGAACGUAAAUCUUGGGAAGAAAGAGAAGCCGAGCUACUAAAAGAUAUGGAUGAAAAGGACUGCCAGCUGUCAGAGAGACGAGCUGAGUGGAAGAAUAUGAAGGACCACAUUGAGUUCCUGCAGGCCAGGUGUGAUGAGCUGGAAGAAAAAAACCUCAACCUCUCCACGGAGGCCGGCACCUGGAAGAAAAAAUACUGCAACGCUAAGGAUGACGCUGACAAACUGUUUGAGGAAGUGACAAUCAAAGAAGAGAACAUUCAGAAGAUGACACAGCAACUCCACGAGUCUCUGCAGCAGGCCAUAGCUCUACAGAAAGCUCUCUUCACAAGUUGUGAAAGGGAGAAGUGUAAGGAAGAGGUGAUGUACUCACUGAGAAAACAACACAAAAGAACGAUGCAGGAGCUUCAAAAUAUUCGCGAGCUAUAUGAUCGACAAAACCGUGACUUGACGUUGUACCACCUGAGUGUACGUGAAGCUCACGAGACCAAGCAGAAGGAAACUGAGGAAAAUCAAAGACAGAAAGACGAGAAAAAAAGCUGGGUCAGCGUGGAGGAAGAAAAAGUGAAACGGGAAGAAAAGUAUCGGAGAGAUAAAAAUAUGAGCUCCCACAAAGAUAGACUGGGCCCCCAGGAGAGUGAGUGCAGCUACCUGUUGAAGCAGGGGAGGGGCCAGCUGGGAAGUGACACGCAGCUGGACGUGCAGACGGAGAGGUCAGGAGAGUUGUCCAUCUCUGCUUGCCACACGGUGCGCUGUCACAACGUUGCCACCAUCACCAGCAGCACCACUCAGCUGUCAGAUGACAGUCAGCAGGGAAGAUCUCGAGGCAGGAACUGCCUGUCCUCCAGCUAUGCUGAGAACAUCUCUAGAAACGCCACAGACAAACGUUGCAGCUCAGACUCACGCUCCACCUCCAGCCAGAAGCCAAAGAAGAAAGUGACGCGCUCCAGGACCACCUCCCCCAUCUUGACUCGCAAAUGCAGCCCACAGAAGGACAAGCCUGUCGGGCAGAAGGCCGUUGCCAGUAAAAGUUGUCAGCGUCCGGAAUCAUCUUCUGACGCCAGCCACCUGACAUCUCCCUCUAAAUUUGACGAUGAUUUGACGCCAGCUGACAGUGAUGGCAUGUGCCAUGAACUCAAGCGAGAUAUCAGCCAUAUUGGGAAAGAGAAUUUUAGCAAGCAGCAGUCUAAAAGUUCGUCCAACUCAUGGCGUAAAUCAGCCUUAUCCGACCCCAACAAACCCUCCUUCAAAAGCUUGUCAAACUUGUGGGAUGCCCCGGCCAACCCCAAGAGGAGCAGCUUUCUUAAAAAGGACAGGGUGGAGAAGAGAAUCAGCUUCAGUGCUGAAGAUGAAGACACCCAAAACUCCCCCGGGGGUGGGGUAGAAAAGGUUUCCUCUGAUGUGGCCAGAAGGGUCGAGGACUCUGGGUAUGGAACAGCAAGGAACCCCUCCCCCCCACCCACCAAGUCACCAGCUACAAGCCCCAGUCAUGAGCCACCUGUGUCCCCUUCUUACAUACACAAAUACAGCCAGGGCAAAAAAAACUCUGAUCACAAACAUUCAAACCAAGAUGGAGUCGUACACACCUCCUCGUCUAUAGCCAAAUACAGUGACAGCAAUAAACCCUCUGAUCACAAACAUUCACACCAAGAUGGAGUCGUACACACCUCCUCGUCUAUAGCCAAAUACAGUGAUGGCAAUAAACCCUCUGAUCACAAACAUUCACACCAAGAUGGAGUCGUACACACCUCCUCGUCUAUAGCCAAAUACAGUGACAGCAAUAAACCCUCUGAUCACAAACAUUCAAACCAAGAUGGAGUCGUACACACCUCCUCGUCUAUAGCCAAAUACAGUGACAGCAAUAAACCCUCUGAUCACAAACAUUCACACCAAGAUGGAGUCGUACACACCUCCUCGUCUAUAGCCAAAUACAGUGACCGCAAUAAACCCUCUGAUCACAAACAUUCACACCAAGAUGGAGUCGUACACACCUCCUCGUCUAUACUCAAAUACAGUGACGGCAUUAAAACUUCUGAUCACAAACAUUCUAAUCAAGAUGGAGACAUAAACAGUUCUCCAUCUUACAUCACCAACUACAGCGAGGGCAUUAAAACUUCUGAUCACAAACGUUCAAACCAAGAUGGAGACAUAAAUACAUCCCCAUCUUACAUCCCCAAUUACAGCGAGGGCAACAUAACAUCGCGUCAAGAUGUCCGCCAACACUCUUCCCCAUCUACAACAAGAAAACUGCAGGGUCUUGCAGGGCGAAGGUCACCCUGUGCAAAAUCUAAAAGUCCCAGUCAAGAUGGUUCACUCCGCAAAUCAUCUACAGAGAUAAAAAAGAGAACUUGCUGUGUGUGCAAAGAGAACCGCUCGCCCAAGGAGAGAAAGAAACAAGCCAGGUGCCCCGCCCACCGCUGCCAGUGCCAUGCCAAAAGUUCCAACAGUGACGAGCAAUCAGCCCCUGAUAGGGAAAUUAGUUUGUGCCUGACCAAAAGCAAGAAAAAAGUGCUGGAAGACACACCUGAGGAAAUAGAGACAAGAAAACUUUCCAGCUACGCCAUGAUGGUCCCUGGCUACAUUCAUGCCACAGACGCCAUGAUGGUCCCUGGCUACAUUCAUGCCACGGAGAGGAAGGCCUCCAUUGACCGCAACACCUCGCCACUGAUCAUGAUGUCACCAUCCGUCUCAAGGAAGGAAGUUGAACGACCUUCCACUGUGGACCUAAGUGAGCUGACCUCCACUUCCUACGAGCUCAAAGACAGACCGUCCAAGAAACUGGCCAGUAAGUCGCACACGGCCGUGAAGAAAGUGUCCUACAUGGACCAGCUGUCCCCACCCACUGACAAGUCUUCUGUCAGUGAGCGGCUGGACGUCUCCCCCAUGGUGCUCAUGAACUGUCCCCGCAGCAAGGAAGUCAAGCAGCACAAGAGGCGACGACGCAAGAGCCAGUCUCCAAUUGCUGGCUUUCCUCCACGGAAAGGAAAGAUGAAAAUCACAGUUGAAUACUCAGACGAGGACGAGAACAGCUCAGAGGUAGAUGAGAAGAGGGAGGUGUGCAAGUGUCAGAAAAAGUCCAAAUCUUGUUGUGAGUUUGCCAGAGCUUACAAGCGCCGCAGUUCCAAGCCCGACACGCUGAAGAGCCACGGGAUCUACUCGUGCUCUGAUGGGCUGGGCGACUCCCUCUACUGUCAGAAACUCUACAAGCCUGGCCGCAGCACUUUGCUUGAUGACAAGCUCCGCUUCUGCUCUGACCUGCGCCGCAGCUACCCCGACAGCUCCCGGUUUGACCCCUACAGGUUUAAGGCCCCUAAAGUUGACCCCUUCCUUGGACAACAAACCUAUGCCAGUAAAUUGUCUGCCAUUCCCUCUGACGUCGGCACCUACCUGUCUCUCUACUGCAACAACAACAAGUCUCAGGACAGCCAGUCCGAUGUUGGUUGUCAUAGCAACAGCCAAUCAGAGGCUGAUUGCCAUAGCAACAACAGCAGCCAGAAGGAGAUCACCAAAGCCACACAGCAAACAUCAGGACAUCUUGCGCAGCAUGUGAUCUCUCCUGAUGGUCUCAAUGCCCCUGAGGGUGUGAACCUUGACCCUUCUGUAGGGACCAAGCAAAAACUCUCCAACCCAUCCACCAGCGCUGACACUGAGCGGGAGACCCCCUUAAGCCAGCCCAGCCUGGGCCAGUCAGCUGGUGGACCCUCCUCUACUGAGCGCAACCUGGGCCAGUCAGCUGGUGGACCCUCCUCUACUGAGCGCAACCUGGGCCAGUCAGCUGGUGGACCCUCCUCUACUGAGCGCAACCUGGGCCAGUCAGCUGGUGGACCCUCCUCUACUGAGCGCAACCUGGGCCAGUCAGCUGGUGGACCCUCCUCUACUGAGCGCAACCUGGGCCAGUCAGCUGGUGGACCCUCCUCUACUGAGCGCAACCUGGGCCAGUCAGCUGGUGGACCCUCCUCUACUGAGCGCAACUAUUAUUACACAGAAACUAGGAGCACAAGCUCUUCAACUGAAGAAGACUUAAAUAUUAGAAAGUCACAUGACUCAACCGUUAGAAAAAACACGGGGCCAUUAAAGCCUUUUUCAAACACCAAAAAGCCGUCACUUUAUAAGCACUUGUCAAAGAUCCACUUCUCUGAAAAAACUCGUCGCUAUGAGUGGAUCAGGUCGGAUGAGGAUCAAGUUGAACUCUACAACGAUAGGUCAGAGGUCAGCAAAGAGUUGUCUCCAGCAUGUCAGAAGCCCCCGCCUGCCUGUCUGGAGGAACAGCUGGUCAGCAGGUACCUGGAGUCUGAUAGGGCAGCAUCCACCUGUAGCUAUGGCAACAAGAACUCCAACAACAUGCAGCAGUACCACCAGUUACACAGCGCAUUCACUGAUACAGUCAGUGACAGGUGGGGUCAGCAAUCAUAUGACAGCACUACGCCAUCCACCAAGGACAUAGGCUUCAGUGAAUCUCAUCAACCUGCUGCAGGCUUCAGUGAGUCUCAUCAACCUGCCGCAGGUUCCAGUCAAUCUCAUCAACCUGCAGACCCUGUCAUUAGAAGACUGGAAUUUGACAACUUAACGCUGGAUGAAAGUGACGUAGCAGCUUGUCAUCUGACAGUUAACAUGGCAGCCGGUGUUGUGUCCGGCACGUUGAUACCAGGUCGAGACAUACCUGUCAGAGAUGUAGGUCAUUUGACAGGUGACCUGCUGGCUGAUGCCACAAGAAACUCUAGUCCAGCACCCUUGGACUGCUGCCCGCCUCAUCAUCCUUCAAGCAUGUCUAGAGCUGUGGAUGACUAUCUUUCUAAGACCAAAGCUGGACAGUGUCAGGCCAAAUCUACACAUCUUUUACCAACAAAUCAGUUUCCCUUAGAGAGAAAAAAUCUGGAUACGCUGACAGGAAGCUUGAGAGGUGAAGUGACUGAGUUGCCAGGAAGGCCAAAUGAUUCUGUCUUUAUUCCUGAUCAACACCACACAAAGGAUUCUGUCUUUAUUCCUGAUCAACACCACACAAAGGAUUCUGUCUUUAUUCCUGAUCAACACCACACAAAGGAUUCUGUCUUUAUUCCUGAUCAACACCACACAAAGGAUUCUGUCUUUAUUCCUGAUCAACACCACACAAAGGAUUCUGUCUUUAUUCCUGAUUACCAUCAUGCAGCUACUAUGGACCAAACUUCAUCUGUGAUAUAUCCUCCCAUCAAUGAAACAAACAAUAAAUGUACAAAUAAUUUGCCUGUUUUAACCCCCAGUUUACAUGUGUGUGAAAGAGUUAUAGAACGCAGUGAAUGUGUGAGUAACAGCUGUGAGAGUGUAGGACAUUCAGAAACUUGGUCCUACCAGGACCCAGAGGACUGGAGUGACCAAUGGAGUGACCAAUUUUCUGAAAAAUUAUCCUCCUUUCUAGCUGAUCCAGCAGAUAGCAAUAACCAAAGUGCAUCAUGGACAUCCGAACAUAAACUAACCCAGAUGUCACCCUCAUCCAAACUUUUGAAAUUGUUGACCGACUCCCAAGAAAUGUUACGUCUGCUAGAGGAGUCAUCUGCCAUCCCAGAAUCUAUUAGAGUCAAGGUGAAGGCCAUAGGGGGUCAUCCAUUAGCCAAGGUACCCAUCUGAUUGUGUGGUUACCAUCUGAUUGUGUGGUUACCAUCUGAUUGUGUGAUGCCCUCUAAUUUGUGUGGUUACCAUCUGGUUGUACCUGUGUUGUCAAACAUUCUAUUAAUUAUUAAUAGGGAGAAGUUUUUUUGUUAUCAUCCAUCAGAACAGAUCCCAUUUGCCAUUGUUACAUCAUUGUAUGCACCAAUUGUAUGCACCAAUUGUAUGCACCAAUUGUAUGUACCAUAGUAAAAGUAAAACUAGUCUUAGAUACAAUGCUGGACAACAAACUCCAUGGAAGAGCCUAGAAUACCCUGAGGUGGAAUAUUUAUAACAACAGUCGUCAUUUCAACCAAGAGCAGCUUUAGAGUUGUCUGUCCUGUUAUUGUGUGUCACCUGACCUUUGUAGAAAACUCUUCCUCCCAUAUCUAGAUUUGUUUACUAGCUCAUCUUUCAGUGUCGGUCAUUUAGGACAGAAAUUAGUGACAGAAUCAGGUGAUUUUCUUUUAACUAAAACCACACAAGUCUUGACAUAGCUUACCUCGUUUUGACACUUUUCUAAAAACAUUUUUUAAUAUGAUAGAAAUAAUACUUAGAAAGUAAUGUAGCACUAGUUGCAGAGUUUUAUAAGAUUGUUUUCUAACUGCUAGGGCUGCACGAUACAACUAAACCUGUGUUGCCAUGUGUUUAUUUAUAGAAUUAAUAACAAUAAAUAAAUGUUACCCUCAGCCCAAAUGAAUGGAUGGAUGCUAUUGAUUUGUGUGGCUGCAUAUUAUGAUGAACAGUAAACUUGAUUCAAUAAGACAAAAAAU